GAUCAAGUCUAGAGAACAGCUCAGACGCCUUCCAUCACCCGACCCACAGAGACACAUACACUUAUUUCCUCUAAUUCUCCCUCAAAAUGAAGUGGCAGUACAAGGAGGAACAUCCCUUUGAGAAGAGGAGGGCGGAAGGUGAAAAGAUAAGAAAGAAAUACCCCGACAGAGUGCCAGUCAUCGUCGAGAAGGCCCCUUAGUACCUCGUCCCUAGCGACCUGACCGUCGGGCAGUUCUACUUCCUGAUCCGGAAACGCAUCCACCUACGACCCGAGGACGCAUUAUUCUUCUUCGUCAAUAAUGUCAUCCCACCGACGUCUGCCACUAUGGGGUCCCUGUAUCAGGAACAUCACGAGGAGGACUUCUUCCUGUACAUUGCCUACAGCGAUGAGAGUGUGUACGGUGAGGCGUGCUGAAGCUCCCUAGCCCCCUCUGGACGUGAGAUGGUGGUCGACUGGUGUAGCCCUGCGUGUGUGUGAGAGAAUAAGGGGGAGGGAGGAGGAUUGCCGACGUAAUCCGGAUAUUGUCUUGUAUAUCCGACGUUUAUCAUCCGUAUACGUUUGAGGUUCCGGAUGCCUAACGGUCGGGUGUGGCGUGAAAGGAUGCAUUUACCGCACCGAUUUAUAUUAAGGUGGGCGUCGGUGCGUGUUGGUGGGGGGAAGGGAUAUGUCCGCUUGGCAUGCAGCAUAAUGGCCAUACCUCAAGUUGGAUUCUUUACUUAGGAGUUUAUAAAUCAUUGUCAUCUGUUGCCAUUUGAUGAGGUAUUUGUGGAUAUUUAUUUUAAUCACAAGCUAACCUAAUCAAAUUAAGUUCCUUAUUAGUGUCUGGAUCUCUCUUGGGUUUUUACACCAUAACUAAGAAGUCUUUUGUUGUGUACUAGACGGUUACAGAUAAAUGUACUGUACUGUGUGUUGCCGGUAAGUACUGUACUGUGUGUUGCCGGUAAGUACUGUACUGUGUGUUGCCGGCAAGUACUGUACUGCUCCGCCAACAGGCACUCGGACCGACCCCCUUAAUAAGAAUCGUCUGUGCUUUAACCUCCGUAUAAUGAACCAAAGGACUAGAGACAAUUGGAUCAUCUGUCGUUGUUUUACUUGAUAUUUUCUUAAACUAAUUAAAAAAAAAUAUUUGAGGAUGUGGGAGAGAGAGAGUAUAGUUAGUAAGGAUAAAGAAAUGCUUUCUUCUGUUAAAUUUUUCUCGGUAUCAACAACGUAUCAUUUGACCACAAGAUGUGUACGUCGGUAGCUUAAAAAAAAAAGAUUUGCUGUUAAUAUAUAUAUAUAUAGUAUUGGUACUUCUCCCGCCUAAUUGUGAUAUUUAGAGUCAAAUAUAUCCAUUUAAUUUGUUUAUUCUCAUCUGUGUUUGGUUUUCACGGGGAUUCAGUUUAAUUUUCAUUUCGAGGCGAAUUUUUUUUUUUUUGUGGGGUGGGGCGUUUAAAAUCCCCCUCUGCGUUUCUUUUGCGGUGUACUGUAUAUAGUCUGAUGUAAUCAUAAGCAUAUUUCUUUACCGUCGUCAAUAACAAGCCGGAAAUAAACAAGAAGAGACAAAUUAGAGCCUAAAUUAUUUUUUUAUUCUUUUCGUUUAGGAUUUGUUUACCGUAGCGUUGUUGGUGCGUUUCAUUCGCACUGUGGAUUCUCUGGACGUAUUACCUAAUUCUGACGUGUAGCCACUAAUAUGAGGCCGCUGGUUGACCGUGUCUUCGUAGCGCGUCUAGUCUGGGGUCGUCAGUCGAUGCAACGCCCAGUAAUUUUGAUAGAACGUGGGGUGAUUCUCUGGGGUCCGAUGCACCUAAAAGUUCUUAAUAACGACGUGAAUACCCAAAACCCAGCCUAGUCGUAACACCGAACUAACCCGAGACGAUUAAAUACUCGGACAUUGAGUGAAGUUAAAGCAAUCAUCCCUAUUGGUUAAAGAUAAUCUAUUAACUAAUUAUUUGUGGUGUUUAUAAAUAUAUCGGAUUAGGUUUUCCAUUUUUUUUUUAGGUUGUGUAAUUGAUUGAGGUUUCGAACUGGCCGUGACGUAUUUCUAGAGGUGGUUUAUUUAUGCGAGGAUUCAAACGGCGACCCGAUGUUCUCUGAGGCACGACAACCAACGGCUUAUUGAUUCUUGGUAUAGGGGAUACUGUAGUGGGGUUAAAUUGUGUUUUUUUCCUCGAUUUAUAAGAGGAAUUUAUGUAUAUUGACUUCUUCGAGUUUCCUGUGUUUGCUGUUUAUAUUAGAGUAUUGUAUGACACUUUAAAUCAAAUGUAUUAAAAAAUAUUAAAAGAGAGAAAACUCCAA